AGGUACGCCACUGGCCGGAGCGUCCCAGUAGCAGACACGCAGCAGAACGUUGAAGUGAUCAGCUCCGUACGGCUGAACGGUGUGUCCACCUUUGUCUUUAAACGACUCGUCUCAACCGGAGAUGACGCGCAAGACGUCCGUCUCAAUGGCAACGGAAACGACGCCAGCUGUCCGUUCGUGAUGUACGCCAGGACAGGCUCUGUGGAUGCUCAAGGUAACCCUGGCAAGCACGUGAAUGUGCCGGUGAGAGUUGGCUCAAGAAUCUGUUUCGGCGUGUGCUCUCAGGACGAUGGAGCUUCGACCCAGCCACCGUCCACUACGGCUGACCCGGAGGUUUAUAUUGUGGUCCCUAGCUCGAUCCGUCUGACGCGGUACGAGUACUCUGAAGCCAGCUAUGGCUCCCUGGAUACUAACGUGGCCCGAGAACUCAAGAGGGUGGUUGAAAAUAGUAGCAGAUGAUGCAGACAAGGUCUUCCACGGCCUACAUGUCGGAGCCUCAUCAACAGCAGAUGUACGACAACCCUGGUUAUCAGGCUCCCAACAAAAAUUUCCACACCACGUAUAUCCCAUAAGGGUGUGUGUGUGCUUUACCCUCUUGGGGAGUGCGUGCACGCCUGCGUCCGAGCGUGUGUGUAUGCGUGCAUGCCAGCGUGCCAUGUGUUUAAUACAGCAUGAUACUAAAAUGUAACACUGUCUAAUUGAGCUGGUAUCUACAGUUGAAGGUGGUCCAAACAUAAAAAUAUGCUCACAACAUUUUCGAGAUCAGAAAUACUACCUUUCUUAAUGUUUUCAAGGGACUAAAAUAGUAGCAGUUUAGAUAUUUUCGUUGGACCUUUUUUUUUACCUUGACUUUUUUAUCGUCUUGUUAGGUGUCCACACACGUAAAAUAUUUGUUUUUGUUCUGUGUUUUUGCAAACUAGUCUGUUUACAUCAGGUGAACGCAUAGCCCUCUAAAUCCUUCGAGGCAACUAUACACCUGAUUUUUGACAGUCAUGUCCA